UUCAUAUAGUCAUACGCACCGGUCAAACGUACACGGUCGUCCCGCGUGCGGUUAUCGUCCGUUUUUUUUUUGGGUUUUUUUCCGUUUUUUAUUUUCCGUAUUUUUUAAAAAAAAAUAAAUAAAUCCUUGUUCGCACCCUAUAGUGGAAACCCAAAAAAAUUCGUCGUCGUGAGACAGUGCCCGUGUCGAGUCUUAUACGAUAUUAUUAAUAAUAUCGCGUUAUUAUUAGGAUCGUCGUUGUUACCUAUAUAUUAAUAUUAUAUACACCUAUAUUUAUAUAAUUACAAUAUAAUAUAAACGCGCGGUGAUAAUAUUAUUGUUAAUUUUUAUAAUAAUCGUGUACGCGCGAUUGUGCCGUUGCCGAGACACGUUUUCCGUGCGAGCAUUCGUCGCGCGCGCUCGCGUUCGUCCGAGUUUCCGUCCGUCCGUUAAGCUGGAGGGCUUACCCGCGGUGGCCGGCGGAGAGGGGCUGAGGCUGGCCACGGCCACCGGAGCCCAGUACCGCCGCGUCGACGACGAGUCAAAGCUUGCGCACAAGUUCCACCCGGCCGGGUUCGAAUUCUACCGGAACCUGCACAAGUUCCACAACCUGAACAACAACAACAACCAUAGCAGUAAGAACAAUAACAACAACGAUUCGCCGCCCUCGGACAAGGCGGCUGCCGCAGCGGCCGCGACCGCGGCUAUGAUCUUGCAACAGCACCACCGAAUCGGCGGUCUGCUGGCCGGACGGCGGCCGUCGUGCGACGUCACCGCCGCCACAGCCGCGGCCACCGACCAACAGCCGCUCGACCUCAGUUCGCUGUCCGUGCCAAAGUACAACAACGGUGGCCGGGCGCAUCCAUACUUUGCGCACCACCACCACAACAACCACCACAACCGGGUGGCCGGCCACCAGCCGUCGUCCGCCAAGUCGGCGGGGCCCUCGCCACCGCCGCCGCCGAUGGCCCUGAUGCGCGCCGUCCACGCAGCCGUCGGUUCGUCGUCCGAAGACGAUGACGACGACGAUGACAACGAAGACGACGAAGACGACGAACGCGGCAGCAUCGGAGGCAGGAGGAGUCGUGGCGAUCAGUCGUCGCCGCUGCCGCCGCCCACGCCCAACGAAAACGACACUUCAGACCGAUUGAUGCACCUCGAACACAAAUUCUACUGUCGAGAUGGUAUCGAUGCCCAGAGUAUUAAAAGUGAAAAGUCUCAAUCACCAACUCCUGAAGAAGAUGAUAAUGGUGAUGAGGAAAGGGUGGAAGAUAUCGUUGAUCACAGCGAGGACAGUACUGGAAGUGAUUUGUUGCUCAACUCAGAUGGAUCACCAGACAGAAUUGGAGCAUUAAACUUGGUUUCGCACAGACAUUCUGGUAGCUCUUCGAGCUCAGGCGUUAGCAGUACCGGACCAUCGGGAAAUUGUUCAGCAAAUGUAACAAGUGGAAGUGAUCCAUUAGCUGCACUACAAAGUCAGCAAUUCGCACAGAUUCCUGGAUUGGGAGUGUUAUCGCCGCAAAGCAAUCCAUUGAUCGGAAGUCCUCCAGGUGGCCAAUCUUCUCUAACACCUCAAGAACUUCAAGCACUUUUCCAGCAACAGAUUCAAUAUUUAUUAAUGAGACAGUCUACAGCAACUCAUCAGAACCAGACUCCAUUUUUUUUCCAAAAUCAAGUUCACCAAGCAUUGACUCAAGCAUCACUUCAACUGCAACAGAUCCAACAGGCUCAAAAUAUGACCAACAACCAUCAGCAUUCUCCAGUUGGAAAUGGUCCUAAUCAGUCGAUACGUCCAGCUGCUUCUUCAACACCAUCCCAUCAUUCUAAACACUCUGCUCAGACCCAAUCAUCUAAUAAUGACUUGGAUUUAUCUGCAGCAGCUGCUCUAAGCCGACUGGCAGAAACCAAAACCAGCACUGAUGAUACCACCGAUCUCGAAGAAUUAGAACAGUUUGCUAAACUCUUUAAGCAAAGACGAAUCAAAUUAGGUUUUACUCAAGGUGAUGUUGGCCUUGCAAUGGGAAAACUGUAUGGCAAUGAUUUCUCUCAAACAACAAUAUCUAGGUUUGAAGCGUUGAAUUUGUCUUUUAAAAACAUGUGCAAGUUAAAACCACUGUUGCAAAAGUGGCUUGUAGAUGCUGAUAGUACAAUGACCAACCCUAGCGCUUUGUGUAAUCCUCUGACAACGCCAGAAGCAAUCGGAAGACGUCGCAAGAAACGCACGUCCAUUGAAACGUCUAUAAGAUAUUCUUUAGAAAAAGCAUUUAGAGCAAAUCCCAAGCCUACAUCUGAAGAAAUAUCAAUACUGGCCGAUAACCUAUCCAUGGAAAAAGAAGUGGUGCGUGUAUGGUUCUGCAACCGCAGGCAAAAAGAGAAACGCAUUAAUCCGCCAACAACAACUAUGGCUGGUCAAACCACAUCUACCAACACAGAUAUGUUUACCGCUUCAAUGUCAGUACAAAACCAGAGUGACAUGUUUCCUAUGCUAACUUCUCCUGGACAUCCUCUGGCACUUGUAUCUUCUCCAUCCAUUGGAGGUCAUCAUCACCAUCACCACCAUCAAAGUAACAGUGAGUGACAUUGGUCCAUCUCAUCGUCUCUAAACAAUGGAUUUGAUGAGCUCGGCCAACGUAGAUAUUUCAGGGCUCCUAUUGAUGGCAAAUUAUCACUCUGUUAGUCACAUAACAUUUUGUUGACUUUCAUACUGAAAAUUAGCAACAGAUUCCUAUUUGAAACAAAUAAUUCAAAAUAAAAAUAAAAACAAUUAAAAGAUCUAUCCUCGCAAUACUUAAUUAAGUAAUCAAUUAUGAUUUAAUUUAUUACAAUAUAAUGUUUAUAUUAUUGUAUAUGUAUACCUAUAUCUGUAUAAAUAGUUUGUACAUAGUUAUUAUUUUGCAACAAACAAAGUAAUAGUGGUUAGUAUUUUAAUAAUUAAUCAUACUUAAUAACUUAAAUUUAGAUAAGUAUUUUUUUUUUCGAUCUGUUGUAACAAUGUUAGUGAAAUAUUUAAUUUCUUUUCAUAUUGUAAAUAGUAACAUUAAAUUUGGGGAUUAAUCAAAAUAAUGUCAUUGUCGGUCUGAAAAUCAAACUUUUAAGUUUUUUUUUGUGCUAACAAGCGCUCUUUCUUUUGUUAAUUAAUUUAUAUGUAAUUAUUUUUUUUUAUGUGUUUCUCGAUAAAACUGUUUUAGUGAUAGUUCAUACGUGUAAGUGAUUAUAUUAUUAAUCUGAAAAUUGUAUUGAACUAUAGUAUUAAAAUAUUUGGAGUUAUUAGUCUUAGAAAACCACCAAUCGAUGUCUUGCAGAAUACUAUGUAUGUUAAAUUCGUUAUCAUUUUUCAUUGUUACACCGUUGCAGGUGGUGGUUUUUUUGGGAUUAAAUAUACUCCUAGUAGUGACAGUGUCAAUGAUGUUAAAAUUAUACAAAUACAUAACCUGGAGACUUGAAAAAAGUACAACUUUUUUUUUUGUUUUAAGAAUUAAAAUAUAAUGAAAACAUUCAAGGAGACAAUAACAAUUUUCAUAGUUCAUUGUUUGCUGUGUUUUGUUAGUGUGACUAUAACUCGAACCUGUAUAUUUAAUACAUUUUGAUUUUUUUAAACUUGUUCAAUACAAUAAAUAAAUUCAAAAUCAAUAAUUAUCGGUUUUUGGGUCCAUUCACAGCAUUUGAAACUUUUUUUUUUAAUUCACAUAUCAUUAAAAUCCACCUUUUAUUAAUUUCACAAAAGUUCCUAAAGUCUUGCCUGUAAGGCAAUUGUGUAGUCAUGAAUCAAUUCUUAUCAUAUUUUAAGUCCUAGUAAUUAUUUACCAGUUAUUAUUUUGAAUGAUUCCAGUAAGCUUACUAUAACCUAAACAAUAACCCGGGAUUAAUAACAUCACCAGGAAUACAAGGAAUGCUAACGAACAAAACAAUUUUUGUUUGGUUCCAACAAAUUAUUGGUAACAUUAUCAAUCCCAUACAAUGAAAAUUAAGUCUUUAGGCCGUAGAGAAUAAUAUAUACAUUAGUGUUAUCAGCCUCUCUACAUUAUUAAUUUUGGUUGAUAAUUUAGGUUUUUUUUUUUUUAUCUAUUAUUACAAAGAACUUUAGAAAUUAUUAUUUUAAUUUUAUAUUCUAAUAUUUCUUUUCUUUGUUCCUACAAUUCUGUGUUCAGCCUCUUUCUUUAGCCUACAAAGCCAAUUCCAACAUAUCCCAUACCCCUCACAUAAAAUUAAAAAUAGUCUUCUAUAGUACAUUAAUGUUAUAAUAGAAAUGUUUUUUGUGGAUUUAAAGUUGGGCUUGAAUGUUUUGAUUCCUGGCACUGAACACAGUGACAAUGUAUAGUGUAAAGUUUACUGUCAAGACAUUUAACCCUAAAAUGUGAACGGAUCAAAUAACCGGCCAUUGACCAUGUUUGCUUUUAACAAUAUUUUUACGUAUGCUUAUGUUUUUAAUUGUGCUAAAAAGGUUAGAAGCACUAUCAACUUCAGUAACAAAUUUAACAUCAAAAAUUUCAAUGUAUACCGUUCCAUUGUUCAUAUCAUUAGAAUAGAGAGGUGUGUUAACGUAAAUUAAUUAAUAUAUAAAUGUGUGUAUAUGAAUAUAUAUGUUAUACACACAAACACAUUAUAUAUAAUUUUAUAAAUAUAAGUUAAAUUAAAUAGUUAUUAAGUGUAUUUGUGUUUUUUAUUAUUAUUAUAUUAUAAAUACUAGGGGCCGUGUUAUCGGUUUUGUAUACGUCAAAAGUGUCAGGUAACUAAAUGUUAAGGAGACACUAAUUUUAGUCUUAUUAGUAUGUGUAAAAUAUUAAGAUAAUAAAACAAAGAUUAAAUGAAAAUCCUUGUUCAUUUUUUAUUUUUGGUUACCUGUCAUGUCACCCCUAUUUCUAAUUUCAAUGUGUAUUAAAAUACAAUAGUUUUACUUAACCUAUUAGCAUUAACUUACAUUUUUUUUGCCCCAAACGUUGUAGAUCAAUUUCUUUUGUUUUUGUUUUUUUUUUUUUUUGUAUGUACAUAACUGUAUCUUUAAUUUAUUAUUAUUAUUAUUAUUAUUAUUAUUUUUGUUAAAUAAUCCUUAAUAUAAUUUUUCUUUUGUGAAAACUACAUAAAUAUUACGUACAUUAAAGAAAUAAUGCAAUAAUAAAGUGUUUUACUAAGUUUUUUAAUACAACAAGUUACUCCAACUGACUGAGUUUCAUAUCUUUUAUUUGGA